UCUUUUUUGUAUAUAAAUUACCGUCGUAAACUUGUCACGGCUUAGUUUUACGUUGGCCAUUAUACAUGAAUGUAAUCGAGUGAGAUUUUAUUUUAUUCUUGCAAAUAUAAGCAAAAUGGUAUCACAAAUUGCGUCUUCUUCGUCACUGUCAACGAAAUUAACCCUCCUGAUUGCCAUCCUCGGUGUUAUUUGUUGUUUUCUUCCGUGCAACCACAUAACAGACGCAAGGAGGACAGGACGGGAUGGCAGGGUGAUGCGUCCCACCCACAAUCAUCAAGAACAUGAACAACAGAAAGAGGUGCCCAUUGUCAAGUCCACGGUUGUUAACGCCAUCCCCAUUACACCCAACAAAUUGGUCAACACGCCUCGACGUCGGAAGGUGGAUGUCAAGAUGUUCAGAGAAUGCGUCUUUUUCCAAUACUGUACUAAGGCUCAGUGUUUCCAUUAUGGACGAUUUGGCAACUGCAAGUGAUUAUGUCUGUUAUCUAGGCUCUGUGUGACCACGGCGAAACCAAAUUCUUGCAAUGAUCUCAAAUCCUUAGGAUAAUUUUAGCCGUAAUUUAGUAUGGGGUUGAAGUGCACCAAACCGUGUGCACGAAAAAUUUCCUAGUCCCUAACACCUAAGGCUGGAGCAGAAUUUUUUCAAAAAUAAAGUAACCUAAACUAUUUAAGAUAACCUAACCCUAGGAGACAAUUUGACGCUAAUCAAAUUAAUUUGGUUUGGUGCACUCCAACUAGUAUGAGCAUAUAUAUAGUGCUAAAAUUGUGCACCCGCGGUAAACAAGAUGCUUGUUAGAUGUAUUACAAAUUGUAGUAAGCGAUACACUUUAAUUUAUGUAGAAUAAAGGAAUUAAUUUUGAGAGUUUACUUUGUCUCAUUUUUCUCAUUGGAUGACUUUUGUCAAACACAAACUCCUCUUGAGUCCGAACUCUGUCACAUAUGUAUGCACAGCACAUUGUCACGCACAACUCGAAAUAAUAUUAUUUAUAAGAUUUUAAUGUUUUCAUAAAUCGGCAUUUACAAAUAUUUUCAAAUUAAUUUAAUCAUUAAUAAACUCGUAAUUCAACUUACAAAAUCUUGAACUUUAUUUCACUGCUGGUGACCGCUGUAUUUAUGGAUUCUUCCAUCAUUUGCAUCCGAGAUGCGCCGAUAAAUUGGAAUUCGGCAGUAGUCCACGGAAAAUUCUCUCAAUAUGGACCUAUCAACGAAAUUACCCUUCAACCCAAUACAAAUGGAGACAGAAAUCUUGUUAUUGUUGAAUUCGAUUGCGAAGAGGAUGCCGCAGCAGCUGUCCGCGACAACAAGGGUUCAGCAGAGUAUAAAGUUGCCUUCUAUCGUUCUAACGUUGACAAUAGUUUCGAGACAACGAUGACGGUGGGUUCUACGCCAAAUUCUACUGUCAACGCUCCUCAUCUCGAAGUCAUCAAUUGUGCCAACGAUAAUUGCACAAACCAGCUCGUUGUCGAAGGUACAAGUAUGGAAAAGGUCGUGGCGGAGUCGAGGGUUUAUUGUUCGCAUGAAUGUUAUUGUGAAUUGCAGGAUAUGCAAGGAAGAGUGAAUAUUUACGACAAAUGGAUUGCUUCGUUGGGAAGGAGUGGAACGGGAUUGCUCAAGCACCCAAAAACAUUUGACAAGAUUGUGAUAAAUGUGGAUCCUGAUGGUGUCCGAAGAAUUGAACGCCACAUGUGAAAUACAAUUUAGAAUGUUGUCCUACAUGCAUUAAAGUUUUAAGAGAGAAAAAUCGAAAAUGAGAUUUGAUUUACAUAUAAAAGAGCAUAAAGUCUCGCUGUCUUGAA